AUGUUGGCCGAGGCACAUGAAGAUGGACACAUUGACCAUGUCACCACACCACACCACAUCACACCACACCACGGCACCAUUCCCUUUGGGCACACCCCAGCAUUGUGUUGCACAGGCACAUGGAUGCCAUGCUGGAGAAAUGGGCAGAGCGAGAACACACAAACUAUAGCUUCAUCUUACUUGUUCCCCACACCACCUUCCCCCCCAGCAGCAGUCCUGCGCCUGGAGAACGGGCAGGAGAACGGCCUCACCACACUCAACCACUCCAUGGCCCUGGUGCGGCGCAUGGAAUCGCUGCUGGUGCAGGGCAACGGCAGCGACGUCACCCUGCGCGUCAAGACCAUCAACACGGACGAGGUGAAGGUGAUCCAGGCCCACACCCUGGUGCUCACGCUGCACAGCGACGUCUUCGAGGACCUGCUGGACAACCACAACAGCAGCUUCCUGGUGCUCCGCGAGCAGCCCGACUGCGCUGCUGUCUUCGACAAGUUCAUCAGAUACUUCUACUGCGGCGACAUCUCCCUUCGUCUGGACCAGGCCAUCCCGCUGCACAAACUGGCCAGGAAGUAUCACGUGUGGAGCCUGCAGCAUGGCCUGACGCGCUACAUGGCCCAGCACCUGUCCAGCGACUCCCCGACAGGCCACGUGGUGGGCUGGUACCAGUACGCCCUGCAGAUCAACGACGUGAGUCUGCGCGACAGCUGCCUGCGCUACCUGUCCUGGAACCUGUCCUCCGUCCUGCAGAGCAACGAGUGGGGCUCCAUCAGCGACGAGCUGCUGCUGUCCCUGCUGCAGCGCUCGGACCUGGUGCUGCAGAGCGAGCUGGCCCUGUACGAGGCCCUGGAGAACUGGAUCGACCAGAAGCAGCCGGCGAGCGACACGGUGGAGAACGCCCUGAAGUCCAUCCGCUACGGCAUGAUCCCACCGCAGCACCUGUUCCGCCUGCAGAAGCAAUCAGCGCUCAUGAUCAAGUACUACGAGACCAUCCGCGAAAUGCUCUUCCUGGCCUUCCAGUUCCACGCCGCCUCCCCCGUGCAGCUGGCCAAGUACUUUGACGUCAACUGCAGCAUCUUCACGCCGCGCAACUACCUGUCGUCCUCCUGGGGCGCGCCCUGGGUGAUCAACAACCCCACGCGCGACGACCGCAGCUUCAGCUUCCAGACCCAGCUGGGCCCCAGCGGCCACGACCAGGCCAAGCGCGUGACCUGGAACGCCCUGUUCUCCCCGCGCUGGCUGCCCCUGACCGUGCGCUCCGGCUACAGCUCCGAGCCCAACAGCAUGCAGACCCAGCGCAUGGAGCACGGCCGGCCACGCAUCAUCGUCACUCCGGCCACCUCCAGCCCAGACUUCGCCGGCGUCAGCUUCCAGAAGACCGUGAUUGUGUCGGCCAAGCAGAAUGGCAAGAUGGUGGUGCGUCACGUCUACAACUUCCACCAGAGCACGGAGGAGUCCGGAGACUUCCUGGAGGAGGCAGACCUGCAGCGCCGCGGCUCUGAUUACCUCAUUGACAACUCCCUGUUCUUGCACGUCAUUGUCAAGCCCCUCUACCAUAGCCUUAUUGUGGCCAAAAAGUAAAAGGUAAUUUGCCUUGAGCUUCUGUUCUGCCAGUGUCAAACACAGAUACACACACACACACUGGCGUUAAACACUGCACCUCUACUUUCCACUUAAAAUCCCCUGGUCUCCUUGCAAGCUUUCAUGUGAUGACAUACAAAUGUGUGGUGCUGGGGGGCGGGUAGUGUCUGUCACCCUUAUCCCCUCAUAGUCCAAAAAUUAAGCCUACUGUGUUGUUAAAAGCUUAUCAUUAACUUUAAGGUUAGGCCUACAUCAAGUCUGUCCUUUUUUGCCGUUUACAUGCAGGUUUGUCAUGCUGAAACCUAUACUAUCAGUUCUGAGUGCAUUUUUAUUUAAGACAGCUUACUUGAGUGCGUUUUCAUUUGAAGUCGUAGCUUUAAUUUAUUUAGUUCAUGGCUAAGUGUUGACAUGAUUGAGCUGUCAUUUUGGUGCUACUACUGUAGAUUCCCAUUGAUGAAAUGAGUCUGACAUUUUAUAGACACUAUGUCCAUGUUCUGUAGUUUCCUGCAUGAUGCACACACCCUGCCAUUGACACGGAUACAUUUAACAUCUCUUUAUUGAGUACCACAUAAACAUGUUCAUGUUUUAAAAUGUUCUUUUUAAAUGACACUGUUUUGAUGUGGUUUAAAAGUUCAGUGUGUACAUCAAAGCUGUUUACUCUAAAACUAAGUCAGAUGAAUGCCUUGACUGCAAUACAGGCCUAAUGGCCAGUAUUAGGAUGUUUUAAGUUGUUCAGUGGAUGUUUAUUUUCCUUUUGCUCACCUCAAAAAAAUAAUAAAAGAA